AUGACAAUUUCCCAGAGCAUUUGGAACUCGCUAGUAACUUGGGAGAGAGAGAGAGAGAAAGACAGAGAAGAGAGAGAAACUUGCAAAGAAGAGAAGGAGAAAUGAAAGUGGCCCCAAUUACAGUCUUCCUCUUCAGAGACUCGGAGGGCUUCGGUACAGCCAUUUCAGAGGCCUUCCAUCUAAACCCCAAUAACCCAUCUUCUCUUCGCUCACUAGAGGAACCCUUUGAGCUGUCAUUGGAGCGCUAUGGAAUCAAAGAUAGAGUUUCUGGAAACAUCCUUCACUUUGUUGAUCAUCAGGGUCUCCAUCAGGUGUCAUUUUUGCUUAUACAACAUUAUGAACCUCCAAUUCUGGCAUGUGCUGUUGCUGAAGUUCUAGAGCAAAUAACCAGAGAAAAAUCAUCGCCAUUGCCAACAAUCAUAGCCCCAUUUAUCGUGCCAUCGUCAAAGCUUAAACAGAAUGGUAAAACAUUGACGAAAAGUGAGAACAAGAUUCCAGUUUAUGGUUUACAGGUUGGCCCGGUAACUGACACGACCAAGGCCCUGGCUGCCAGAGUUGAGGAGCCAUCAUGCUCGUUUCAGGUUCAUCAUGAACCUUUAGCCUGUUUGCUUCAGUUGGCCCGCAUCUCGAACUUGCCAACUUUUCUUCUUAUCUGGGAAAAAGGUCGACGCUUUUCUGAUAAAAAUGCAGAAGAAUUAGAGAUAAUUAGUGAAAUAGGAGAAAUUUUGUCAAGCACUCUCAACCUUUGCUUUUCAAAAGAAGGAAUCGAGUGGAAUCCCAAAGGUACAUCAAAGAAUAUUGUGGAGCCAUGGCGCGCCCUAUAUGGUUGAAUGCAACAAUUCUGUAGCAUAGAAAUGUUGCUCGUAACGGUGUAAUGCGUCAGAUUAACAGAAUUUGGAGCCAAUAUUUCUUCUUUAUUAUUUGCAAUGCUUUAAGUUUUCCUCUGUUGUAAUUUCUGUUGUAAACCUGCAAUAGAGAUAGUGCUAUAACUGUUUUAUUGGCAUUUCUUUAUUGCAUUCAGGUGAGAGGAGAUUUGUUACCAAGGACUCGGAGAUGAGUAAAUGGGAUUCUAUUAUAAUAUAUUUUCCUUUUUCACACUAUUAGAAAACAGUUUAU